UCAUAGUCCAUGUUGGUGCCGUUGAAGGCUGGGUGGAUGACGACCCUUUGGAUGGGGAUGACAACUGUCCAAAUUCAAUAAAGAGUGUCAAACCAGUCCAGACCAGUCCAGGAGGGGGCGGUAAUGUACCUGAAGCCGCUUGCCAACUGCCCAAAGCCACAGAAGAAGCAACUUGGGCAUGCGCACUCCAAAUAUACACGGGCAUGAUCCUAACGUUGUGGAGUCGAUAAUCAGGAAGGAUCCACUUUGAGUACCUGUCCAGGGUUAACUGGAUAAACAGGUGUGGGUGUCUGCGUGAUUGAACCCCUCACCUUGCAAAGAUGGAUUUCCAGCACCGAGCUGGAGGGAAGACGGGGAGCGGGGGGGUGGCGUCCGCCUCCGAGAGUAACCGUGAUAGGCGAGAACGGUUACGUCAGCUGGCCCUGGAGACCAUUGACAUAAACAAAGACCCCUACUUUAUGAAGAAUCAUUUAGGAUCAUACGAGUGCAAACUCUGCUUGACACUUCAUAACAAUGAGGGCAGCUACUUGGCUCACACACAAGGAAAGAAACAUCAGACCAAUUUAGCGCGGAGAGCAGCCAAAGAGGCAAAAGAAGCUCCUGCUCAGCCAGCCCCGGCCAAAGUAAAAGUCGAGGUCAAGAAGUUUGUCAAAAUUGGUCGACCGGGAUACAAAGUAACCAAACAGAGGGACCCAGAGACCGGACAGCAGUCCUUACUCUUCCAGAUUGACUACCCAGAGAUCGCUGAAGGAAUUGGGCCCAGGCAUCGUUUCAUGUCUGCCUACGAACAGCGCAUCGAGCCCCCCGAUCGGCGCUGGCAGUACCUGCUUCUGGCUGCUGAACCAUAUGAAACUAUUGCCUUUAAGGUCCCGAGUAGAGAAAUUGAUAAAGCAGAAAACCGCUUCUGGACCCACUGGAACAGAGAAACUAAACAGUUCUUCCUACAGUUCCACUUCAAAAUGGAGAAGGCUGUUCCCCAGUCCAGCGGACCCCCACCUCCUGCAGGUGUGAAGCGCCCUCCUCCUCUCAUGAGUGGAGUUGGACCUCGCCCACCAAAUGAAUCUAUGCACCCUCCCCCGCCAGGUGGGAUGCCCCCUCUCCCACCUGGAGCUCCGGGUAACCCCCAUAUGCCCCGUCAGAUGCCCAUGCCCCCCAUGCCAAUGAGGCCACCUCCUCCUGAUGGUCUUAUGUCUAAUAACUGAUCCCUAUUAGCGUAUCAUGAUUGCUUCCUUUCAUGGUGUUUUCAAUAAUGUUUAAAGUCUACAUUUAGUAACUCUUUAUACAUUUGUUUGACAGCCCUUAUGACCACACUGUUUUGUAUAAAUGCCUAAUUUCGGGAUAUGGAGCUAUGAUUGAAAAUGGCUCAUCUUUUAAGAUUCUGUUUUUGUAAUUAAAUUCCGUGGAGAAAAAAACA